GGUGAUGCAUCGCACAGGGCCCCCAUACUUACGAAGUUACGGUUGACCACAACCUAAGAUGACAGCUCACAAAAAGCGCUAGCAGCGCCAGUAGCAGCUACCUGGCACUGAUCAGUCAUAUGCUGAGCAAUGUCAAUGCUUGCUGAGCCACGAAGGAAAAAAGCCUGGAUUUUAAAUCCACGCAAAAGCCAGUGGGCUGAAGAUGACAGCAAGUUUGGACAAAAGAUGCUGGAGCAGAUGGGAUGGAGUAAGGGCAAAGGCCUGGGAAAAGAAAUGGCUGGCAUCACAGAGCACAUCAGACCAUCUGUUCAGAAUGACUCCAGAGGUUUGGGCUACGAGGGCCGCACAGACGACUGGGUGGCCCACCUGGAUGACUUCAAUGACCUGCUGGCCAACCUGCAGCAGGAGCAGGAGACAGGUGGUGACUCGAAGGCCAAAUCCAGUGUCAAGUCCCUAGAAGAGCGGUCAAAGAAGUCUCGAGCUCGUGUUCACUACCACAAGUUCACUCGUGGUAAGGACCUGAGUCGGUACUCGAGCCAGGACCUGGCCAGUAUCCUGGGCGGCCGGUCGGAGGGCGGCGCCGCCUCGCAGCCGGUGACGCCGGUCAGCUCCCGGCCGCCGUCGCCGCCGCCACACGCCGACAGCGAGCCCGUAUCGGAGGCGGAGACGGAGCCGGCGCCGGCACCCGCCCCCGAGCUGGACAAGUCGUCCGGCUACACCACCAUCAACACCGGACUCUCCGUCAAGGAUUACCUUGCCGCAAAAAUGAUGAAAAUGAAGAUGUUGAAAGCGAAACAUGAACAAGAACAAACGAGUUGGAACGUGUUCGAUGAAAACUCUGUAAAAGAGACGGCGGAAGAGCCUAGUAUUGAGCCCAAAGAAACUCAUGAGAGUGUGGAGAAAGAAGCAACGAAGUCUAAGAAGAAAAAGAAGAAGAGACCUGCCUCGUCUACUGAGGAAGCGUCGCCGAUGCCCGAGGAAGAAAAUGUUUCCGAGGAGCCAAGGAAGAAAAAGAGGAAACAUGCUUCGAAUGUCGAAGAAACUGUUGAGCCAACUCAGGAAGAAACUGGUACCGCUACUGAAGAGCGCAAGAAAAAGAAGAAGCGGAAGAACGCCGACGUUAAUGCCGAGGAGAGUGCAGAGUCUACCGCGGAUCAGAGUCCCGAAAUGUCCUCCGCAGCCGCACCAUCGGAGGAAGACUCCCCAGCAGGUGGUGGUAUCGAACAGACCACAGAUGAGACCACAGAAGCGCCUAAGAAGAAAAAGAAAAAGCGGAAGAACAUUGAUGCUGAUCCCGCGGAACGUGCACAGUCUGCUGCGGAUCAAAGUGAUGAACUAUCCUCUGCAGCUGCUCCGCCGGCGGAGGGCACGCCGCCAGCUGCAGCCGCCAGCGAGCAGGCACCUUCUGACGGGACCUCUGAGGCGCCCAGCAAGAAAAAGAAGAAGCGGAAGAAGAACAGGUCUAAAGAAACGGAAAGUACUGAUUGAUGGCAUGUUGUUGGUUGUUUGUGACGGGACAUUCUUUCUCAGCAUCUGUAAUUUUACCUCCGCUAUUUUUCCGUUCGUAAAUAAUGGGGUUUCAUUUUAUGGCAUAUGAGGAGUGUUAUGCCCAUGUUGCCAGCAUAAUGAACUUAUGGCACGAUGGAAUUAGGUGUUUGUCACAAGGAAUGGUGAAUGCCCUUGUCCGUGUACGAUGAAGGUAGCUGACUUUUAGGCGAUAGCGGGUUGUUCAUUGGGGUAGUAGUAACAGAACACACUGUAGUUGACAUAGUAUCAUGCGCGGUAUGUUUUAUACGUGCCGGUUUGCUGCCAGCGACGUGGUCCGUUGUUAACGGCGAGGAUUACUGCCUGAUACCUUGUGACGUGUGCAAAUACAAUUCUGAUGACUCGUCCA